GUAAUUAUUAACUGACCCUCUGAUCAUCGCAAAAUAGUAUCUUAAUAUUCCCAAGCAAGUCCUUUCGACCUUUGAGCCCUCAAAUUCCAACUUGAGCACCCAUCAAUCAUGGCAGACAUAAUUCGCACCCAAUACCAACACUUCGUACCACAAUUCCUGCUGAGGAAUUUUUCUCAUGUUCACAAACCACGAAAAGGUGAUCGCGAGAAAAAAAAGCACCCCAAGGGUAAAGGCGAGAAGAGAAUCUAUCCUGGCGAUCGUGUUGUCAACACUCUGGAUUUGUCGGAGGAUCCGCCGGUCCUAUGUGAAGCACGGGUCAACCGUAUUUUCGGUCAAAUGGACAUGUAUCGAGACACGAGCAAGGACUCCCCUGAGCAGCAACACGUAGAAGAGAUGUUUUCAAAGCUAGAGGGCCAAGCCAGUAUUGUUUUCCGCAAGAUCACUAAAGCCUUUGAGCAGAAGGAGCCAGGGCUGUGGCUUACUCGAGAGGAGAAAGAUCUCGUGCGCAAAUUCCUAUUUCUUCUUCAGUACCGCGGAUCGGGAUACCAUCAACGCUUCUACCGGGACAGAACGGAGGACUAUGAUGCCAAUGACCGGGAGUUGCUAUGGGAAUACAUGGCAGAAAAAGGAUUCAAACAGCCGAUGGAUGUUUGGUUGCACAAUCUGAGAACAAUCAUGGAAUUGCGUAUGGACCCUGAAAAAAAAUGGAUACAUGAUCUUCCAAAGUGUAUGUAUACUGACGAUGCCAUGGGCUUCAUUAUCCAUGCUGAGGGCAUGUAUAUGGCUAUUUGCACACCGUCUAAUGCUGGAGACGAAUUCAUCCUCACUGACAACAGCUACAAUGUCUUCGAAGGGCCAAAUUGUUUCGUGACGGACAAAAGUACCGGGAAGGUCGAAGGCAGCGCUCAUGCUCCACUGCACCAUUUCGCUCCUAUAUCUGCAAAGUUGAUGAUUAUCCUAAGGAGUUUUGUGCUACCAGUGCCCGAGGAGGAUGCGAACCCUAGAGUGAAAGAAGAGCGAGACGAACUCCACUUCAUGGCUCUCGGUGCGGUCUACAACCAAGAAGUAAAAUCAGUGCUAUCAGAUCUUCCCAUAGCAAAGGCGCGGAACAAUUACAGCAAGAUCGUUGGUGGUCGACUACAGCUCCUCGAGGGUGAAGACGGGAAACACAGAAAAGAUCACAAAUUCUACUUCAAGUACUUUCCUAUCCAUGCGAACCACGUCCAGACCAUUAAUGGAAUUUUCCUUUACAACGCUUACCUUUGUUCCAGAAUCGUCUUUGGAACGAAGGACAAUUUUUCUCGGACACUUGAGGAAUAUCUAACCGCGAAUUGCAACAUCAUCACAGGAGAUGAUGUGGAACGUCGGCUCGAGUUCCUGAAAAAGUUAGCAGCUGUGUCAAAAGUUCUAGGCUCCGAUAAAGAACCUCUCUGGAAAGAGGAACCUAAUCCUGAGAUGGAGGAUUACGAAGGCUUUCGACUCGGAAUUUUGGAAAUGAGGCGACAGCAUUCUAAAAUGAUCAAGGGCGAUAUGAAAUUGGACAACGAUCUAGAAGCUGUACAGAUGUACAGAUCUUUAGGCGGGACAGAAGGAACUUUUUUCAUGGACAUGGACCAGGCUAGGCGAAUGUGGAUUCUGCGAGUCAAGAUUGAUGUUUGGUCUCAAGGCCUCGAUGAGUCUUUGCGCCAGAGGAAUCGCCUAUUACUAACAGAGAGCUAUUGCCGCCUUCCCUCAUCUCGAGUUUGGUUCUACGUGAAGCAUAUUAGAGCUGCGGUUUCGGGGCAACUGAAGGAAUUGGAAACAAAUGUUGACCUUGGUGAUGGACUUCAAGGCCCGGAAGAUACUAUUGCGAAAGCUGCUCAUAUCAUUAAGCCGCAAAGGCUCGCCCAACUUAUCUACCAAGCUGCAACGAACGACAUUGCGCUGAAGGAAAGCCCCGAGAUCAAUCUAUGGGCCAAGAUUGAUAAACUUGACAUGGACUCGUUCAAGCAGUUGAAGCUUUUGCGAAGGCUCAAUGCCAGUGAACUUCAACACAUCCGCCACUGUGGUAUCGAUGAGAUCGAGCAAGUUGCUCGAGAAGAAGAAACGAAUGUCUUCAAAGAGGGUAUUCGAAGCCGAGAAGAAGCCGGAAAUUCCAUUCUUGAGGAGGGUGAAAGGAUUGAGCUCUCGACGAGAAUGAGAGUGAGAUCAAAAUUUGUGAAAGCUUUGCGUGGGAAGAUAGAGCUUACUUUGUUGAAAGCUUUGAAGGAGGUCUUUUUCAAGAUAAUAUUCCCAACUCCGGUGUAAGCGAACGGAUGGAAUUGAGCGGCAUAGCGUAGCCAGAUAGGAAUAUGGUACCUAGGUAUUUAAAGGAUAGC